CCUGGGUCCUAUUGGGUGAGCUGGGUUGGGCUGCAGAGUGAACUGACUUCGGGGUCAUGUGAAAUCGGGACCGGACGGCUUCCAGACGGUUCUGGAAAGUUCCGCUGGCUGAGCGGGCGCGUCUCCGAAUAAAACUGACCGGGCUCAGCUCAGCCGAGUUUACCAUCUACAUAUUUACAUAUCAACAUCCAAAUCCUCCUACAUAUUUACAUACAUAUACCGGUAUACUCACGCUGUCUGGUCUCAACCCCAAGCAAGUUCCGGAAAACUCUCUUGAACAAGCAACUCAUCACAAACCCUUCGACUCUUGGUCCCAGCAACAUGCCACUCAACUAUUCCAAGUGGGACGCUUUGGAGUUAUCCGAUGACUCGGACAUCGAAUGCCAUCCAAAUGUCGACAAACGGAGUUUCAUCCGUCUCAAGCAACGUCAGAUCCAUCAAAAACGAGACGAACGGAAGAUGAAGAUCGAUGGCCUCAAGAAGGAAGGCCCGAUGAACGCGGCUCUGUUAGAAAAGAUCGAGGAACUCGUGGCCAAGACUAAGCAAGACGGCGCAGACCAUCUCCGCAAGACGGCCUCGAAGCUCUCCGCCGAGGGCCAUGCCAAACCACCCUCCUCAUCCGAAGAUCAACCCUCGAUCGAUCAGAUGAUCUUCAAUCUGAUCUCUCAAAUUCUCACUAAGAUUAAAGAUGUCAGCCCGGCUGAUUCAGAUCAAGCUGCCGAAAAAGAACUCAACUUCCAUCUCAACCGACUCGCCGAUCGCGAAAAGCAACGCAAAGUCGAUCUGGAAAAGGAGGAACUCGAGGCCCAUAAACACAUCACCAGUGAAGAUAUCCACGAUGGAUUUGAUGUUUCGCACGUCGAUAAAAAACCUUCAGUUGCUAUCGAUGAACCUAUCACGGCCUCGUCUCAAUCCAAGUCGACCAAGAAAGUCAAGAAGACAAAUAUCGAAGUCUUGAACCCCAAGGCGAGCGGAACCAGUGCAGGCCAAGACAACAAUGAAGGAGCGGAAGCGGAGGGAGAAGAUUCGGAUGUGGAAGAUUCGGACGAUGAAGAACUGCCGCGCCUAUCCCCAUCGGCGCAGAAAUUCGCCAAGAUCAAAUCCUCUGACUAUUCGUCCUCCCUCUCGGCCAUCCAAGCCGACCCCUCGCUCUACCUCAACGAAUCCACAACCGAUGCCCUGCUCGUUGAGGCCUUCGAGUCGGAGAUGAAGGGCAAGAAAAGCUACGCUAAGAACUGCGUCCAUCAAGGCUUGUUGCUGCAGUAUUGUCGAAAACUCGGGAGGGAUGGCGUUAGUCUCUUCUUUCGCAAGGUUGGUUCUGGGGAACCCAAGGCGAUGCAAGUCUUCAUAGAUGAUGUGAAUUCGACAUACGACCGGAUAUCGAAACGAUGUGCGGUGAUCAUAGCCGAACGAUCGGAGGCGCCUACAUCAAAGGAGCAGAUCCAACUCGUGCCCACGAAUCCGACGACGUCGAUAACCUUUGAAGUGCCGGACGGACCGCCGCCGGAGAAUCUGGAACUGAAGACGGAAGAUCCGGCGGAGGCGGAGCAAUUGGAUGUCGAGGAAGUGCGCAAGUUCCUUUGGGACCGGUGGAACACGUUCAACCAGUUCCCCAAGAAGCUCCAGAAGGCGCUCAAGUCUAAGAAGCUCGAUCAGGUCAAUCUCGUCAUCGGCGACAUGGAGAUCCCCGAGGCGGAGAAAAUCGUCCAGGACCUCGACCGGGUCGGGAUCUUGUGCUUCAGUGAAGGCGGCAUCAUCGAUAAGACGGCGCCCGAUGAUAAUAAUCCCACUGACCCCCCUCUGACCUCUGAUCAACCUGCUGACUCUACUCCGCAAGCUACCGAGAAUGGCUCCUCCGCCUCUGCCCAAGUCGUCAUUCCUGAUACCUUUGCCUAAUUUUUUUUUUUAUCUCCACUCCAAAAAAAACUCACUACAUACCUUGGGUUUUAUAAACGACUUUUCUAUGGGUAUGUUUUUGUGAGAAUAUUAGCUCAGCUUUAUUCACGUCCCUUUUCCUGUCUCUCUCUUUCUUCAUAUACUGGGUCUAUUCUUCUUCUUUUUUUAUAUAUAUUUCUGUAUCACUCAUCUCAAUCUAUCAACAGUUAUUUGUCCUCUUUGUUUCUUUUUAUCAUUCUUUUGAAUUUAAGCAUCUCCCUAUUCAAUCGGGGUCUAAAA